CAGGAACAGGCACGGACCGGAACUCCAUUUCUCCAACUGCCGCUUCGUAAGCAUUUGAAACCCUAGCGCUCCGCUCCCUCGGAAUGCUCCGCUCCGAUUCUCGCUUCUCCGUUGACCUGUAGUGGCUCGUAGCUCAUCCUUUCUCAAUCCUAUCGAUGGGCACGCGUACCGCUGCGAUUUCUCCGACGCGGUGGAUGAUGAUCGUGUUCUUCGUUGUCUGCCUCUCAAUGAUGUCGUUUCCGGCGCCGGUGAGAGCGAGACCGGACCUGGAAAUGAGGGAGAGAUUCUAUGGCUCUUUGGUGGCGGCUUCGACGCGCGAAGCGUCGAAUGAAAGCAGCAUCGCUGAUAUUUUCGAUCGCGUGCUCGAAAAAGAGUUUUCGUCCGAGAACGAUUCGCCGGAAGGUCACGAUGCAAACAGCUUCAAUAGUACAGUUGCGGAUAACCAAGGUAAAGUGGAGACAGUUGCUUUGAUUACUCAUGACAAAGCAAAGAAAAAUGACACCCCAUCAACAAAUGCAGUUAAACCAUUUCAACUUCAAGAUGUAUUUUCAUUGGGAAAUGAAGAUUCUGAUGGGACACAAUUGAUCGACCAAAAGGAUAACUUAUUUGUCAUUUCAAACCGUAAAUCCAAGUAUCCAGUACUUCAAUUAGAUCUGAGAUUAAUUUCCGAUCUGGUGGUGGUUAUUGUUUCAGCAGCUGUUGGUGGUGUUACUUUUUCACUUUUAGGCCAACCGGUCAUUGUUGGCUACCUUCUUGCUGGAUCUCUUAUUGGUCCUGGUGGUUUAAACUUCAUCAGUGAAAUAGUGCAGGUUGAGACUACUGCACAGUUUGGUGUGGUUUUUCUCCUCUUUGCUUUAGGCCUUGAGUUUUCCGUGGAUAAGUUAAAAGUUGUUGGGACUGUUGCUGUUCUUGGAGGGCUACUUCAAAUUCUUAUUCUAAUGUCUUUCUGUGGGCUUACCGCUGCAUUAUGCGGUGCAAAUUUAUCCGAGGGUGUUUUUGUUGGUUCCUUUUUGUCAAUGUCAUCUACAGCAGUGGUUUCAAAAUUUUUAGUGGAAAGAGGUAGCACAAAUUCUCUUCAUGGCCAAGUGACAAUCGGAACUCUUAUAUUUCAGGAUUGUGCUGUGGGAUUACUCUUUGCUUUACUAGCUGUUUUGGGUGGUAAUAGUGGCCUUCUUGACGCAAUUAUCUCAAUGGCAAAACUGGUGCUUAUGUUGUCAAUCUUUGUAACCAUUGGUUAUAUUUUGUCACUGUCUCUUCUUCCUCGCUUCUUGAAGCUUAUGAUUCAGUUAUCAUCACAGACCAAUGAGCUCUAUCAACUAGCCUCUGUGGCUUUUUGCUUGCUAGUAGCAUGGGGCAGUGAUAAGCUCGGUAUUAGUCUUGAGUUGGGUUCGUUUGUUGCUGGAGUCAUGAUUUCUACUACUGAUUUUGCACAGCAUACCUUAGAGCAGGUCGAACCAAUUCGCAACCUAUUUGCAGCUCUUUUCCUUGCUAGCAUUGGGAUGCUUAUACACGUUCAGUUCUUGUGGAACCAUGUGGACAUACUAUUUGCAUCGGUCAUAUUGGUUGUGAUAGUUAAGACUAUCAUAGUAACAGGAGUUAUUAGAGCCUUUGGAUACAAUUUCAGGACAUCAAUAGCUGUGGGUCUUUCGUUGGCACAGAUUGGAGAAUUUGCAUUUAUUCUAUUGGGCCGAGCCUCACAUCUUCAUCUUGUUGAGGGGAAAAUGUAUCUCUUACUUUUGGGGACAACUGCUUUUAGCUUGAUAACAACUCCUCUGUUGUUCAAAAUCAUACCUGCUGUUAUUCACCUUGGCAGUCUAAUGCGCUGGCUUCCUACAGAAAGUAUUCAGAGAGAGAACAAUCACGAGUGAAAUUUGCAUAGCGGCUCUAUGGUAUUAGCCAGACAAACUGUUCAGCCUUCUUCGCUGGUAAGCUCUCUACAGUUACUCUGCACGAGAAAUCAACUCAUUCAGUUUUCCUCACUCCCAGGUAAAGAUUAUAGAACGGCUAAUAUUUAUAGGACGUAGUAGUAGUACUGCUAACAUCAUAUGAAAAUAAUAUAUAAAUGCAAGUAAAGUUUGCUGCGAUAUUUUGUAAAUAAUGGAAUCAAUCAUGAAAUCCAACUCUAAACAUUCAGCAAUUAAAAUGUUCAGAUUCUUAUUUUGAACUCAGGAUGAAGAAAUGAAAAAUGUAAAGAUUGGUUCUCACUCA